UAUAAGCAGCUGCAAGUUAUAUCACAUUUUAGAGCUAGAGCUAGAUCAGAGAUAUAAAGUGGAAACGCCAUGGCCUCUACUCCUGAAUUAGGUGGCCAUGAUCUCCAGUUUUUGAAUGAGAUUCCAGAUUCUCUGAUCUGUCUGAUCUGCACAUUUGUGGCCAAGGACCCUCAACAAAUGGACUGCUGUGGGAGAGUCUACUGCACACUCUGUCUCUCUGAGCACAAGAAAAGACCUGACAAGUGCCCUCAAUGCAGGAUAGCUGGGAAUAGCUUCAAUGACAAAAAGAGUACUCGAGAGAUCAAAGCUUUGAAUAUAAAAUGCACAAACGUGGACAGUGGUUGCCAGUGGAUCGAUGAGCUUCAGUUAAUGGAAGAGCACCUCCAGUCAUGUGACUACAAGCUAGUACAAUGUCCCAAUGGAUGUAUUGAAGGGGAAAAAAUAACCAACAUUCCUCGUCAAAUGCUUGAAGACCACCUCACUAGCAAAUGCUGCCGACGAAUAUUCGAGUGCCCAUACUGUUCGGAAUCAGGUGAAUAUGAAGAGAGAGUUGGUAAACAUCUUGAUACUUGUCCUGGGGUGAGCGUUGAUUGCCCUCACGAAGAUUGUCACAAGCAAUUUCCACGUAGCAAUGCCUCUAGCCAUUCUGACGUCUGUGAGUAUGAAGUGGUUCCCUGCAUAUACGCUGACAUUGGGUGUGACGAGAAAAUUCUUCGUAAAGAUCUCAAGACACACGAAGAAAGUAAUCGACUUCAUCUGAAAAUAGCCAUUGAUACUGUCCGGAAACUACACCAAGACGUGGCUAAAUUGACAAGAAACAAUCAAGAUAUCAUAACAAAAAAUGCACAAGAUAUGGCUGAAAUAACACGAAAUGUGACAAAAAACAUGGAAGAUGUUGCUAUACUGAUAAGAAACAGGCGAGAUAUGGUUAAAUAUGUAACAAAAACCACCCAAGAUGUGGCUAAAUUGACACAAAAUGUGACCAAGAACACGCAAUAUGUGAAUGCACUUACAAGAAGCACGCAAGACAUGACAAGAAAUAAAGGAUACACAUUUAUGGUGCUAUCCUUUAGAAUAAAAAAGACAAGAGGCUCAAGUUAUCACACUCCAUCGUUCUAUGCUAAAGGCUACAACAUGAGCAUAAGUGUCAAAGCUAAUGAUGAUAGUGACGGUAAAGUCUCAUAUGCCUCAGUAUAUGCACAUCUCAAAGAAGGAAGGUAUGACGAUUCCCUCGUAUGGCCAUUUCCUGGAACAAUUACGAUUGAGCUACUCAAUCAACUAGAAGAUAAGAACCAUUAUCAAAUGAACAUGCUGUUCCCAACAGACCGAUACGUCAGUCAGAGAAAAUAUAUUGCUCACUCAAAUCUUGACUAUGUGCCCGGAAAAAACUGCCAAUACCUCAUGGACGAUACUCUGAUAUUUCGAGUGUCAGUUGACGUGCCCGAACAUAAGCCGUGGCUGGAGUGCAGUAACUAGUAAUUUACUGUAUAUGUAUUCAUUUACACAUUAAUUUUGGACAUUGGACAAUGGUUGGAGUGCACCAAUU